AUGAGAUAUAGACCAGAGGAUCGGCACCAUCACAGCCCAAUUGAUCAUCAGAAGCGGCACCCAACCGCCCAACGUGUCCAGGUGUGUCUGGUCCUGGUGGUGGCCGCCGUGGCUUUGGCGGACCCGGGUGACUACGGUGGACCCGUCUACGCCUCGGAGCCACUGCCGUACUACUACGACUACAACGUGCAUGACGGCUACAAGGGCACCAACUUCGGCCAGCACGAGAAGUCUGACGGUAAAAAUGUGUACGGCUCCUACACCGUCGACCUCCCCGACGGUCGCAAACAAAGGGUGGACUACACAGCUGACCACUACAGGGGCUACGUGGCCAAGGUCAGCUACUACGGCAAGGCUCAGCACCCUAAGCACUACGGCCCCGCCGUCACCUUCUUCAACAAGGGCUACGGCCACGGAGGCGGAUACCACUGACGACCCGGAAAUACCACCACGCAUUGUCAAUAAUACACUGUUGUUGUUGGGAAAAUGUAGAUAGAGGAAUAAACAUCGAAAGCGA